AUGAAUAUUAUCCAAUCUUCUUCCUAUUUACAUCAAUUUUCUUGGGAAGAAUGGGAUAAUCAAAUGAUUGUUGUAUUAUAUCGAUCUGAUAAACGUUUUGUUGUUAAACGAUACAUUGAACGAGUUCUUACAAAUUCUUCUCAUUGGCAACAAUUAGCUCAAUCAUCAUUUUCAACAAUAGAACCAAUUGCUCAAACAUAUGCAAUGACGGAGAAUGAAGUUAAAUUAAUGAAUCAUAUAUUUUCAUGGCAUCUUAAUGGAAUCUCAACAUUUCCAAUUAUUAGUGGACUCGACCAAUUACUCGAUUGGGAAGAUAUACUUGAUUUUAUCGAACGAGCACGGCAAACUUCGAAAAAUGAUAAACAAAAUCAAUCAAAAACAAUAAGUUCACCUUCAAUUGUACCAACUAUUCCAAUUGGAAUAUCUUCUUCAAAAAUAUCAAUAAAAAAAACUGUAGAAAAGAAUAAAAUUUCCGGUAAUUCAGAAUUAAAUAGAGGAGAUAGAACACCAAUUAAAAUAAAUAAAAAAGUUCAACAACAACAGCAACAAUUUUUUCAUGAAAAUAUAUUAUCAUCUUCAUCAAAUUAUUGGGUACAAAUAAAUAAUAUUUGUGUUCCAUGUAUAAAUAAAUCUGAACAAUCACGUCUUCUUCCUUAUCAAGUUUUGGUGGAUUGUGAUUUACUUAAUGAACAAGAACAAUCAUUUCUUCUUCAUUUCACUAUAAAAGCUACUCCAAAUGAUAUUCAGACAUUUGAAAGAAUUAUAUCAUCCUCAUCUUCAAUCGAUUUUACACUAAAUAAUCAUUUACUUCUUAUUGAUCUGUAUAAUUUAAUAUUCGGAAUGUCCAGAGUUGUUUACAUUAAAUUACUUAACAAUCAACAUAACGUAAAUAAAAGCUAUAAAACAGUCUUGGCACAACGUGGUGGUACUGUUAUUGUUCGUUCUCAUUCAGUUCCGUUUAUCAAUCUUGGUAAACUUAAUUGUAUUUUGCUUGAUUCAUUAAUAUCAAUCUUACAGCCAACAACAAAAACUAUAUCUAUUCUUCGUCGGCAUUCUCUAUCUGCUCAUUCUCAUGAAAUUGAUUAUCUUCGUCUCGUACAAUUCUAUCAACGAAAAUGUUAUCAAGAUGAUAGUAUUGUAUCAAAUCAACAACAGCAGUUACUUGUAAAUAUUAAUGAAAUUCAUAAGUAUGUCGUUGAAAAUGAUCUUGUUAUUGAUAUGUUUUUAACACAAUAUCAACAAAUUGAAUAUCAAAAAUUAAGAAAACAAAUAGAAAGAACUGAAAAUAAAUCCAAACGAAAGCGAAUAAAACGUAAAGCCAGUACAGCAAUGGUUGAAGUUCAAAAUACAACAACAAAACAAUAA